GCCUCCAACGUCCAACCCCUCUUCCUCUUGUCUCUCGUCUACCUCUCUUCUGCCCCUCUGCGUCCGUGUCUCCAUCGUCGUCGCUGCGUGAGGUUGACGACGACCAGUCACAGGAUCUGUUCGUUCCUCAUGCGACCCAGCUAGCUAAAACUGGCAUGCAUGGACAUGCUACGCUGCUGCGUCAAUCCAUCUCACCAGGUACGCUGCUGUACAUGCUGCUACGAGCCUACGAUCGAUAGCAGUCUGUGCCUUCCUUUGCUCGAUGCCGAUGUUUAUCUGCAUGUGAUCGUAUUCGUAUGCACGGCCCUCCGCCCUCUCAAGCUGAGUGCUUUUUGGUGGGCCCAUCGUCCUAUAUACGCUCAUCAGUUCACUGACGACGAUAUAACGACUGUUGGGGUUCAGAAACUACAUAUUGUGGUGCUCGCCCGAUCUCUUUCUUGUAUAUUCUUCUUAUUAUUAGUCUCUCUCUCUCUGAAAGAACAAGGAACUAGAUGUCUUGUUUUGUGCCUCCUACUAUACCUUUGCGUGUUUUUCUUGCUUUUGUCCAUGGCUUUUCACCGGUCUGCUGGGUGAAGUAAUUUACACGCAUGUCUUACGCACGCGCUCCUUCAGUUGUCCGCAUAUCUGAUCAUAACAUCGCUUCAUUCAUGUGCUGACGAGAUAUUUUUCGCCGCCGAGACUGCAGUGCUAGCUAGCUAGAUCUGGCCUGAUUCGCCGAUCGAGCGGUGGUGAGACGGAGUGCUUCAGCUCAAAGACUGCUAGUGGUAGGCUGGUAGCUAGCUGUGUGCCUGUGUGCAGUGUGCACUGCCACUGCAUGCGCGGCGCCUUGGACUUAAGACGGCAGCACACGCACGCGAGGAGGCGUCGGCUGAAGCGAGCGCUCCGGCGGCUCCGCUUCGCUCAUCAGGUUCUUGAGCCCCGGAAACGAUGAGCACGACCCGGCCGGAGGACACCCAGCAACUGAUCAACAGUGCCGCCGCUAGCCCCAACCGCAGCGCACCGUCCGCCGCGCCCAGCGAUAUGGAGAGGGGCAGCGGAACCGCCGCGUCCUCGUCGCGCGCUUCGACGACGUCUCACUCCCACCAGAGGGCCACCCACAGGGUGGUGGAGGAGGAGGAGGAGGAGGAGCCUAGUAGCAGCCGUGGCGGCGGCAGCCUCUGCUCCGGGUACCUGUCGCUCCCGGCUCUGCUGCUCGUCGGCGUCACCGCGUCGCUGGUGAUCCUCCCGCUCGUCCUGCCCCCGCUGCCGCCGCCGCCGUCGAUGCUGAUGCUGGUCCCCGUGGCAAUGCUGCUCCUGCUGCUCGUGCUGGCGUUCAUGCCCACGUCGUCCACCGGCGGCCGCGGUGGAACCGGACCGACCUACAUGUAGAUAAUCACAUCGGUUUUUUUUUUCCUUUCUUUCUCUUGUCGUCCUUUCGUUUGGAUUUUGUGACAGAGGGAGGUCUUGCGAUGGAUCAGUUAGUCCUCAGCUUCUGCUCUUCUCGAUCGUACGAUGUCUCUGUUCGGCUAAUUAAUUUGCAUAGGGGUAUAUAUAUGCUGCCUAGAUCUUAAAAGUAUUUAAC